AUGGGGCAACAGCAAGGCGAGGUAGCAGUAUUACAGGACGGGGCAGGGCUACGGCGGGGCAAGAUGGGGCAACAGCAAGGCGAGGUAGUAAUAUUACGGACAGGGCGGGGCAGCGGCAGGACAAAUGGGGCAACAGCAAGGCGAGGUAGUAGUAUUACGGGACGGGGCGGGGCUACGGCGGAAGAUGGGGCAGCAAGGCGAGGUAGUAGUAUUACAGGACGGGGCGGGGCAGCAGGCGGGGACAAGAUGGGGCAACAGCAAGGCGAGGUAGUAGUAUUACGGGACGGGGCGGGGCAGCGGCGGGACAAGAUGGGGCAACAGCAAGGCGAGGUAGUAGUAUUCAGGACGGGGCAGGCAGCGGCGGGGCAAGAUGGGGCAACAGCAAGGCGAGGUAGUAGUAUUAUGGGACGGGGCGGGGCAGCGGCGGGGGCAAGAUGGGGCAACAGCAAGAUGAGGUAG